AUGAUUUCCGCGGUCAGAACCAAGGCACUCACAGGGACCGCUCAAGGAGCUAUAAUCUUCCUUCAUGGUCUUGGGGACACUGGUGAAGGGUGGUCUUGGCUUCCCCAGUUGAUAAAACAGAGCAACUUGAUACCCAAUUGCAACUCAAUUGAGUAUGUGUUUCCCAAUGCGCCAACUAUUCCAAUUAGUGUCAAUGGUGGGUACAUGAUGCCAGGCUGGUUUGAUAUCUUUGAAUUUGGCAAUCCAAAUGCUAAGCAGGACGUAGACGGUAUAUUGAAAAGCUGCAAAUUAUUAGAGAGUCUAAUCAAGGAACAGAUGGAGGUAAAUAAAAUUCCAGCCGAAAAGAUAAUAAUUGGAGGAUUUUCUCAAGGAGCUGCAAUAUCUUUAGCUACAGCUGCAUUGUUAGACUUCAAAAUUGGCGGUGUGGUUGCUUUAUCGGGCUUUUGCUCCAUUCAAUCUCAGAUUGAACGAUUAUACAACAAAUCCGGUGUCAAUGCCGAGACUCCAGUCUUUCAGGGUCAUGGAACGGUCGACCCAGUAAUCGCUUAUGACUUUGGAAAAGAAAGUUCGGAGUUUUACAAUGCUUUAGUGUUUAGAAGGUUGAAAUUUCAUACUUAUAGUGGCGUUGCACAUUCCGCUAGCGAAGAGGAGCUUAAGGAUGUUAUAAAAUUCAUUGGUGGUAUUUUAUAG